AAAAAAAAUUAUUUUAUAAACAAAUACACAAAUUCCGAGUUCUUCAACAUUAAAAUUCUUAGUGAAAUUUCUUUAAAAAUCACAAAAAAAAAAUUUUUAAAUUUUCGCAAAUUCCUCAACAAUUAAUUAAAUUUAUGGAAAAAUGGUGUUAACCCAUAUUCUAAAGAUGCCUAUUAUAUUGGGGCGUUGGGCCAAUAGAGCUUUAACUUCAGCUGCAAUUUCAGUAAAUGCCUUGCAACAGCAACGUUUCAAAGCCACUAACAUGGACUGCAAACAUUUGGAACCCAAAUGUGGUGAUCGUUUCAAGAAAAAACCCUGUGAUCCUAGACAACUAGAAGUCAUACUAAAGCAGCCAGCUCCUGAGUCCCUGCCAUUACAAAAACGAGCCAUUAAAUUUAAGCAUCCAGCAGAGUGUUGCGGCAAUCCCUGUCCUGAUGCUUAUCCACGUUUCGAUUUGUUGUACUAUAAACGCAGCGACAAACUGAAUCGUGAAUAUCAACAGACCUGGGCCGAAUGUCCGGAACUCCUCAAGAAACCUAAAGUUAUAUGCUGUUUUGAUAAAAUUAAACAACCCAAAUGGCAAAAACGACCACUUAAACACAGACCUCAAACGGCUUGUAAACAGACAUGUUCCAAUGCCAACUAUAAAUGUCCGCGAACAAACAUGGAGGGAUGUCGAGAGGCCCAAAUACCCCCCAAAUGUAGACGCACAAAAGCUAAAUCGCUUUGUACGAAACGUAAAGCACCCUUUCCGGCCUUUUCGGAGUGUUCACGUAAAUUGCCUAGACCUAGACAUCCCAUAGAAUGUCGCUGCCUGCUGACGCCCUCGAUGUGUGAGGUAUGGGUUCAUCAUUUUAGAAUGCAAAGAAUAAAGAAAAUAGGUUUAUGUUGAGUUUAAUUGAAGAUAACUAAGAAAAUUUUAAAUAAACUCAGCACAAACUUAAGUUCUUCCUUAAAUAAAUUAUGCAAUUUUAUUGAAUUUUUUAUUUCCUUAACAAAUAUUAAAUUAUAUAUAUAAUUUUGUUAUAAAUACAUAAUAAUAAAAAUAUUAUUUGAUUUUUAGCAA